AUUAUGACACUGAAUUCUGUGCUCCUCUCUCUCUCUCUGCUCUGCUAUUAUGCCUUUUCCACUCACUUUCUCCACCCCUCCCCUCAAACUUAUAAGAAACAGAUCUCCAUUUCUCUGAAUCUGAUUUUCAGCUUUUCGCUCCACAAUCAUUAGCACUCAUCCAGAUAUCCACCGUGCGCGGCGGCGGAGGCGGCGCCACAAUGCCCUCCACCGCUCAUCUGUUUCUUCUUCCCGUCCUCUUCUUCUCUGCUUCCGUCGUCUCCUCCCAUAAUCGCCGCAUUCUUCACCAACCGUUUGUCCCGAUAGAUUCGCUCCCUCCUUCGCUUCCUUCGCCCCCACCUCUUCCCCCGCCUCCGGCCGACGGUGCUCCGGAUUAUCCGUUUUCCCCUUCUACUCAUAACACUACUCCUUUCUUUCCGGAAACCCUCUCGCCCCCUCCGCCGCCGGCGUUAUUCUCUUCCAUUCCGGCGAACAUCUCUUCUUUUAAUGUCACGCAGGCCUCGAAACCCAAGACUACUUCGAAGCUCGUUGCCUCCGCCGUCGCUUGCGUUGUCGCCGCCGUGAUAUUGGUAUCCGUCGCCGUUACCUUGCAUCUGCGGAAGAUAAGGAAGCGUUCUUCCAGUGAGUCCAAACCCGAUAGAUCCGUCACCAGUACUCCAUUCGAUUACGGGAACAAUGACGGUGGUGAUCCCGUCAUCCCGAAGCUUGGGAGGCCAUCUAAACCUAGUUCGGAGUAUCUGUACCUUGGCACUAUGGUCAAUUCCAGGGGAGCCAUCGAAUCGCACAGUCAGCAGUACUCACCGACCAGCACGAACACUAGCGCCGCGUCGUCGAGAAAAAUUGACUCGCCGGAGCUUCAACCGUUGCCGCCUUUUGUUCUUGGGCGGAAUUUCAGACAAAAUACUGAGGCGGAGUCGUUCAGGGAUGGAGAGGAUGAAGAAUUCUACUCUCCUAGAGGGUCGUUGGGCGGUAGAGAGAGCUCAAUCGGAACUGGAUCUGCUUCUAGAAGGGCUUUCGCCGCCAUAGAGGUUCAAAAUUUGGGCGGCGCCAACUAUUCAUCUUCCUCUUCAUCAAGUUCGGGUUCCUGCUCUCCCCAGAGGUCUGUAUCUUUGAGCAUUUCGCCACCAGUGAGUUCCAGCCCGAAAAGCUCGAAUUCCAAUUUGCCUGAAUUGGUUUCUGGACAAACAGCCCUCCCGCCACCACCUCCUCAGCCGCCGAUCUCCGUGCCACGGCCUGUGAUUGAAAGAGAAUCUCAAUCAACCUCUCCCGCGGGUUCAUCUUCCCCAGAGAGAGAUUCGAGAAGUUCGUAUUCAUCUUCUCCGAGGGUUUCUCGCAUUUGGGAUCAGAUUAUAGAUUCCCCAAUUCUGAAUUCUCCUGUGAGAAUCAGCAGCCCAUUAGUUGAAUCUCCCAUAAGAAUCAGCAGCCCUGUUGCUAUUGGUUCUCCAGCAAAGGGAAGCAGUUUAGAAUUGGAGUCUCUUCCUAGAAAUGACCAUGUUAACCAAUCUCCAGCCAGAAUCAAUAGGCCAGGUAGGGAGAGUCCUGUGAGAACAAGCAGUCCAGUAAUGGAGUCUCCGGCGAGAUCAAGUGGCCAUAUCACUAGUUCUCUUCCAAGAAUCAACAACCCUUUAGUAGACUCUCCAUCUCCACAGAGAAUCAGUAGUACCAAUAUGGAGUCUCCACCGAGAACCUGCAAACCACAUAAUAUGGAGUUUCCCAUGAGAAAUAGUAGUUCUAGUCUUGACCCUCCUAUGACAACUGCUGAAGCAGGCAUGGAGUCUCCUGCUAGAAUCAGCAGUCCAGUUAUAAAUUUGUCUGCUAGAAAAAGCAAUAGUUUAGCUGUGGAGUCUCCCGCUCGAAUAAGCUGCAAUAUCCUUGAUUCUCAUCCACGAAUUAACAUCCCUGCAAAAGAAUCUUCACUAUGCAUGAAUUCUCCUGACCGUUCUGAUAUGGAGUCUUCCAAGAUUAUCAAUCGCCCUGUAAAUCAGAAUGUCCCAAAGUUGGCUCCACCACGACCACCUCCAGCACCUCCCAUUAGUAUUCCUUCUCAGCCACCUCCUCCUCCACCUCCUCCGCCAAGCAAACACUGGGAGAGUCCAACAACUCCCAACCCUAAACCUAAAAUAACAGUAUCUGAACCUCCUGACUUGGUAAAUCUUGUAAGGCCCAUUUCUAUGGAUAGUCCAACAUUGAUUUCUCCAAUUCAGUUUCCUUCGCAUUCAGAAGAGCCUGUCAACAGGAACUCAGAUAUCCAUGAAAAUGGUUCACCUGUGGAACUUGGUGAGGCGCCAAAACCAAAAUUGAAGCCAUUGCAUUGGGAUAAAGUCAGAGCAAGUUCUGAUCGUGAAAUGAUUUGGGAUCAGAUCAAGUCGAGCUCAUUUAAGUUGAAUGAAGAGAGGAUUGAGACAUUGUUUGUUGUAAAUACACCGAAUAGUAUUAAAAAAGAAACUGUCAGGCACUCGAUGCUUCCUUCACAGAGCCAAGAGAAUAGAGUGCUUGAUCCCAAGAAAUCACAGAAUAUUGCAAUUUUGCUUAGGGCCCUAAAUGUCACCACUGAGGAAGUAUGUGAUGCUCUUUUAGAAGGAAAUGCAGAUUCCCUUGGUACUGAGCUUCUAGAGAGUUUGAUGAAGAUGGCUCCAUCUAAAGAAGAGGAGCGCAAGCUUAAAGCAUAUAAAGACGAUUCACCAUUCAAGCUUGGACCAGCAGAAAAAUUUCUGAAGACAGUUCUUGAUAUACCUUUUGCAUUCAAAAGAGUGGAUGCAAUGUUGUAUGUAUCCAAUUUCGAAUCUGAAAUCGAAUACCUCCAGAAGUCAUUCCAAACACUUGAGGCUGCAUGUGAAGAGUUAAGAAGCAGCAGGAUGUUCUUGAAGCUUCUGGAAGCUGUUUUGAAAACUGGGAACCGAAUGAACGUGGGGACAAAUCGUGGAGAUGCGCGUGCCUUCAAACUCGACACCCUCCUGAAGUUAGUAGAUGUCAAGGGUGCGGAUGGGAAAACGACCCUCUUGCAUUUUGUCGUUCAAGAGAUCAUAAGAAGUGAAGGCGCUCGUCUGUCUACUACAAACCAAUCAAGCAUUGGCAGUGAUGACGAUGCAAAGUGCAGGAAGAUUGGUCUCCAGGUUGUUUCCAGUCUCUGUUCAUCAGAGCUAACAAAUGUGAAGAAUGCUGCUGCCAUGGAUGCAGAGGUCCUCCACAGUGAGGUCUUUAAGCUAUCUCAAGGUAUUGUGAACAUCAAAGAGUUUGUCCGGUUGAACGAAAGUAACAGCCAAAAGUUCUCCCAAUCAAUGAAGAGGUUCACAGAAAUGGCCGAGGGAGAGAUUUUGAAGCUCCAAGCCUUGGAGAGUGUAGCCAUGUCUCUUGUGAAGGAGAUAACUGAAUACUUCCAUGGGAAUUCAGCUAAAGAAGAAGCUCACCCCUUCAGGAUUUUCAUGGUGGUGAGAGACUUCCUGGUUGUUCUUGAGCGUGUGUGUAAAGAAGUCGGAACCAUAAACGAGCAAACCGUAGUUUCUUCUGCUCAAAAAUUUCCAGUUCCGGUCAAUCCCAUGCAAUUUCCAGUUCCAGUCAAUCCCAUGCUGCAUCGGCCACAAGUCUAAUGAGAGCUUGCCUUGAGAUUGUGGAUACCAAUUUUAUAGGUACAAUAUGUACAUUUUUUUUCUCAGAGAGCAUAUAAUGUAAUAAAUGAUUUUGGUAUCUGGUGGGUUAUAGAUGUAUACCUAGCUGAUUUUAUUUGUAGAAGAAUGAAAACAGCAGCAUUUUGGGGAGAACUGUUUGUCAUUUUUGUUUCUUGUGAACACAUGUCAAUAAUUGCCAUCUUUUGAGGUGAAAAGUGACAAAUUUGGUGCCAUUGAUUGAGAUGUGAAAGGUGCAAUAAUAAUGCGAGGGGUACACU